AUGGAACAAAGCACCUUAACCCGACGAGGCCUGGGAUUCCGUGGAGUCAACUCCAAGCUUGUUGCGCCAGGAUAUCUAUUGUAUGCUCAUCUGACCAGUCCCGGAACAGUCUUCCUUGUUUCCAAUGAUGGAGUUGAAGUCCAUCGCUGGAACCUUCCAUACCGGCCAGGGCGACACGCUCGAAUCCUGCCCAAUGGUAACCUAGCGUACAACGGCGUGCAUCCAGAGGCCCCGGCAUUGUUUCCCAUGUGGCAAAAAUAUCGAGGCGGCGUCAUGCUUCAAGUGGACCCAGCAGGCAAGGUCAUCUCCGAGUAUCGCGACCCUCUAGCCCAUCACGACCAACGUCAUCUCGAUGACGGCACUUUGCUCUAUACCACCCUGGAGCCAUUGACUUCGGAACAAGCAUGCACUGUCCAAGGCGGCAUCCCAUCAAGCGAGGCGCCCAAUGGCAUCAUCUAUGCCGAUGUCAUCAAAAUGGUCGACCCAACAAGACCCGAAGCCCCUCUCUGGACCUGGCGCGCCAUCGACCACCUCGACCCUGCCAUCUUCUCUCUGCAUCCACAAUUUGCACGCGAGCACUGGCCGCUGAUCAACAGUGUUCACCUUCUUCGGGAUGGCAACAUCCUAGCGUCACUACGAUCCGUGUCGGCUGUUGUCAUCAUCUCUCGCGCCACAGGCGACAUCAUCUGGCACCUGGACUCAACGGUCGUGGCACAACAACAUUGUGCAUCGGAACUCGAGGAUGGAUCUAUCCUGAUCUUCGACAAUGGCACCUUCCGGCACCACGAGUCGUCCACCUAUUCGCGAGUUAUUCAGGUCGACCGAGCCACCAAAAGCAUUGUCUGGGAAUAUCGCGAUCGCUCAUUCCCUAACGCGUUCUUUAGCCCGUUCAUGGGUGGUGCGCAGCGGCUUCCAAAUGGAAAUACUUUGGUGACCGAGGCCGUGUUCGGUCGGAUGUUUGAGGUGACCUCGACCGGCGAAAUGGUGUUUGAGUAUGUGAACCCUCAUUUGGCCGACUACGCCAAGUUGGAGGCCCCUGAGUUGCAACAGAUUGGCUUUGACUUCCCAAGCAAUGCAGUCUUCCGUGCUUACAAGGUCGCACCAGAGGAUGUUCCCUGGGUCAGCUUGCCGAACUAA